AUGUACAUCUCAUACCUACUAUCCCUACUUAAUGUCCUUCUCCUAGUCACUGCGCGAGCACAAGGCGAUGAAUACGCAAGCGAUCCAAACAUUUUCGAGUUAACGGCAUCCAAUUUUGAUAAAGUUAUCCAUGGCUCAAACUAUACCUCAAUAGUUAAAUUCUAUGCACCUUGGUGUGGCUACUGCCAACAAUUAAAACCAGUGUGGAAAAAAUUGGGGAAGGCUGUGGGUAGGGAUUCCAAGCUCAGUGUUAACGUAGCUGCCGUGAACUGUGAUAAAGACUACAAUAAACCACUUUGUGCCCAAUAUCAAAUUAGUGGAUUUCCAACUGUCAUGGUAUUUCGACCACCCAAAUAUGACAAGAAUAAAGCUAUGAGCGGUAAGAGACAGAGACAUGCGAGUGAAGCAUACAAUGGACAACGGACUGUGAAAGCGAUGCUGCAAUUCUUGGGCUCUAGAUUGAAGAAUUAUGUUAAGAAAGUGCACAAUUUGGAUAGUGACUUGAUCAAAUGGAUUAAUGAAGAUUUGGAAAAAGCUAAGGUCUUGCUAAUUACAAAGUCUAAUCUGAUUAGUCCGUUGUUGAAGUCAUUGGCAAUCGAUUUUCUCACCAAAGUGGAUUUUGCAAUGUAUGGGAAACACAACGAUCAACCAAAAACCAUUGAAAUCGAUGGUAAACUGGUAGAAAUCCCCAAAACAGAUUCAUCAAUGUUGCUCUACUUUGAUAAAGAGAAAGGUGAAUUUGUAAUCUACGAUGCAACGGAAAAGCUUGAUGACAAAACUCAAUUAUCAAGAUGGAUCAGCACCGUUGCCCAGAUUGACCCGAUCGAGGGCCCAUUAUCCAAGCGCGGUAAAAAGUUGUUAAAAUACAAAGGUAAAAAGAAGGUUGAACAUGAUGAGUUGUAA